AUGCUUCAGGCGUGCUCAGUCCAACAUCUACCAGUACCAUAUGCAGCGUUCCCACCUCUGAUUUCUAACGACCCAUUCCUUUUGCAUCCUCCUCACCUCUCUCCGCACCACCCGUCUCACCUGCCACCUCCAGGGCAAUUUGUUCCCUUCCAAGCACAGCAGUCACGUUCACCACUUCAAAGGAUAGAGAAUGAAGUAGAACUGCUUGGAGAACAUCUUCCUAUAGGAAGCUUUACCUACCCUCCAUCAACUCAUCCACCAACAUUGACUUCCUCAGCUCCUAUCCAGUUCUUAACCCAUGAUCCUUUACACCAAGAGGUUUCAUUUGGAGUUCCUUACCCACCUUUUAUGCCUCGAAGACUCACAGGGCGCAGUAGAUACCGAUCACAGCAACCAAUACCACCACACUCGUACCAUCCCAGCCUAUUACCAUAUGUGCUAUCAGUGCUUCCAGUGCCACCUGCAGUUGGACCAGCUUUCAGUUUUGAGUUGGACGUGGAAGAUGGAGAGGUAGAAAACUAUGAGGCACUGCUGAAUUUGGCAGAACGUCUAGGAGAAGCCAAACCUCGAGGACUGACAAAGGCAGACAUUGAACAGCUUCCAUCUUACAGGUUCAAUCCAAGCAAUCAUCAAUCGGAACAGACAUUGUGUGUAGUGUGUAUGUGUGACUUUGAGGCAAGGCAGCUACUUAGAGUCUUACCCUGUAACCACGAGUUUCAUGCCAAGUGUGUUGAUAAAUGGCUUAAGGCAAAUCGUACCUGCCCAAUUUGCAGAGCUGAUGCUUCAGAAGUGCAUCGUGAUUCAGAAUGACUAAUCUAAGAGCACAAAUCUGGUUUGGGUGUUCCUGGUCACAUGUAUAUAUGAACUAUCCAUUGAACUUACCCAUGUGGCU